AUGCAAGCUUACUCUGAUAACCCUCUCUUAAUCAAGGCUCCUAUAGGUCAACAGCCUUACUCACUUUUGCCUACUUCAGAGCAGGCUCAAGUCGACGACCUUGUUAGACUCAGGAAGAAAAGACGAGCAAGACGAUUUGGGCAUGCCCUUGUAUCAACACUGUGUCUGGGCUAUUUAGUCUACUUGGCGUCUAAGUACACUGGGAUUUUCCACCACGGACAUUGCGGCGAUAGCGUAGAACACGAUGUGGUUCACACGCUUUCUGGAAUUGGGUAUACUAUUCCGAGCAACGUUAGCCUUGUUCAUUGCGUUGACGGAACCCAGGACCGGAUCGAAACUACCGUUGACUCUUCCCAAGAUCUUUAUGAGUCGAGGUCAUCAUUCCAACUUCCGCUUGAUUCUGCAACCAUCUUUUUGGUAUCUCGAGGACAAAACUUACAUGGCGCGAUCAGCGUUGUGACUAGCGAGGACCAGGAGGUUGAUUCUGCUAAAGUUGUCGUUUCUCUUUACCACACAGAAAAGUCUCAAGACUGGGCCAAAGUGUGUUUGCUUUCCCGCGGUCAAGGCGAAAAUGGUGUUGGCAUCUUUACACCAAUCGGAAGGAGCGGACAUCACUGGGAUAGGCGAUCACUUAGCUAUAGCAUUGCGGUGAUUCUUCCUGCGCUCGAUUCCGACAAACCUCUUCAAAUCAACAAUCUGGAAACAGAUUUACCAAACACCUCUCAUCACGUUGGUGACCUAUCGGACGUCCUCUUCGAUCGCAUAAGUCUUCGUGCCACAAAUGCGCCCAUGAAUCUGGAGUUGCUGGUCACCGAUUCAAGUUCAGUCAUCACCACUAAUGGACCCAUUACUGGAACGCUACACAGCUCGCUGCAAUCUGUUUUAACUACAACUAAUGGGCCAAUCAAGGUCAAUGUCAACUUGACAAGCACUGAGCAGUCCAAUGCCACCUUGAUUGCGCAUGCGACAAACAGUCCUAUUAAUGCAAAAAUCAACCUACUCUCUUCUGUUGGUAAUGGCGGGACAUUCUUUGUCUCGACUACGACCACAAAUUCCCCAUUGUCGGUUGACUUCCUCACGUCACCUGUGGACUCCACGCUCCACUUGGUCUCGAAGACUACGAAUGGAUUUGCGUCCGUGGCUUUAGAUCCAGCCUAUGAAGGAAGCUACGAUAUCGCCACAUCAAGGUACCUUAGUGCACGGGUCCACCAUAAGGUACCCGUUCCAGAGGAUCCGUCUGGUAAAGGCAGGCCAAGAGAAGGACAUGCUAUAGGAAGCCGAAACGAAGUUCGUGGUGAAAUUUAUUGGGGUAGAUAUGACGAAAACCGAAGCAAUGGGACGGUCUUCAUCAGAACUACCAACUCACCUGUUUUGUUGGAUGUGUGA